UAAGCGGAUCAAGUCGCCUACUUAGCUGUCCGUCAUCUGUCAACCGGAAGCUUCAACAAGCUUUCAACGAUGUCUCUAGUGACGGUGCUAUUUCUCCUGCUCUUACCCGUAUUUUCCGUUGCUUUAGAUAUCGGUGGACCAGAAUUGAUUGCGACGACCUUUGCGUACCGCAAGAAGCCAAAUACGCCGAACGAGGAUCACUGCUUUCAAGGCAUAGACGUCAUAUGCGAACGAAGUGCAACGUAUUGUGGCGCUUUUCAUGUCGGGCAGAACUUCUACACCACCCCUGCCCACUGUUUGGUGGGAAUCGAUGGAAUCAUCCAAAAACCGAACGAGUUGGACAUUGUCGGAGUAGGGAAAGUGAAGGUUACCAUUGCCUUGCAUCACGAAUUUGCCAACCUGACGGGACGGGAUGUGGCCUGGAUCCACUACAACCAAACGAAGGAUGUCCCGACGGUGCGGGUUGCCGAAGUUCUUCCCAACAAAUGCAAACACCUUAAACUGGAGAUCUUCGAUACGGCGAGUCGGGGAAUCCAUUCCGGUAUCCGGUGGACGGAAGUGACGACCGGGAAAAGGAUUUAUGAGAUCAACGAUACAACGGGAACGUCGAAGAAAUUUACCGAUAUCGGAUACGCGUUGUUUGAAAAUGAGGCCAGGGCCGAAAACUUUCACCUGGUUCUUUGUAAUACGCAAUGGUCCGAAGUGUACGAUGUUCACUACGUGCAAAUCGCAAGAUUUCAGGACUAUCUUGUUACCCUGGACUGCCAUUAUGUGCAAUGCGGGAACGUAACAUCAGAAAAUAUGAUCAUCCCCAGUACCAUAACUACCAAUCCAUCAUCAGGAAGCAACGUUAAUGAGGACAGCGCAAAACCCAAUACUAAGAAACCGAAACCACGCCCAAAGUUCGACUCGGGCACUGUUUCACCGCUGAAAUACUCGGACUUCCAGCGCAUGGAAAGCCGGCCACCAUGGGCCGGCUGGUCGACAGGAUCUAACGCGCAAAAGCUCGGAGAAAAUGUUCCCGGAGAUCUUAAAAAUGAGCCGAUGAAUACUAGCCCCCAAACAUCCGUACCAGAAAUCGCGAGGUACGAUGAUUGGUUCAAUAUGGAAACGGUCGCAGAUAUCGAUGAAGAGGUCAAUGAGCAGAUUGAUGCAUACGCAGAAAUCUCGAAUGGCGAUGAAAGAUUAAAUGACGAAACGUUUGCAAAAUACGAUGAAGAGAUCGAAGAGCAGUUUGAACCAUCCGCAGCAAUCACGAAGGACGAUGAGAAGUUCAGUGACAAUAUAUUCAGAAGUAUCGAUGAGGAGGAAGAUGAGCACUACGACUCAUUUACAGACACCGUGAAGGACGAUGAGAGGUUAAAUACUAACACCUCCACAGAAUACCCAGAAGCGGUCGAUGAGUUGUUCUACCAGUACGUGGAUGCUGCCGACGAAAAUACGGCGGAGUCACUAGAAGAAGAACGCGGACAGGAAGGUAGCUUGCCAGAAAGCAUCAUUGUUCAACAGAAAGUAGAGCAGCAAGAAUACCAGAUCCCGUAUUUCAAAAACUUGCAGAAUACAAUUCAUCCAAUGGCUGCUAAUGCAUUAAUUCCGACUGGCAAAAAGACCCAUCAACGUAACAAAUUCAAAAACAAUCUUUGCAGUACAAACAGCCGCUAUUGUAACACAUAUCGACAACGUUGCUCGCUAAAUGCAGCCCCGAUCCGGGUAGACAACUAUAAUGUGCAGCAGACUUCAAAAUCGCAUUUACAAGAAGUUGACCAAGAUCUAACUCCACCUGAAGAGAGUCAACAAAAUAUUCAAACAGUCGUUCCGUAUGCAGCUGUGAAGUGCAAGAAAGAUCCAAAACCUUCUGCAACAAGUCCCACCAAGGCACGCAUCGAUAAGUUCGCCCGUGUCCAAGUCGAAGUUCCCACAGUUGUCAUAAGGAGUUCACCCUCAAGUGCCGUCACCAUCGAUGAACGCGCGGCAAUCAUUCAAACACUUUUCUGCGCACUUUUUGCGAUCGUUUUGGCAUAUUGAUUGAUUUGAUUACAGCCCAGUAAAAUUCCAGCACGUUAA